AUGUCUUCCCCACUGGAUGUCGUAUCAGCCAUACAGUUGUUGUAUUGGCCACUCCUUCUACUAUUCGCCGUCUUCGUUAUUAUCAGCCAUGUCUGGAAAGGGAACACAAGUUGGCUUCCGGCGUUGGCCCAAUUCCUCAUCCUCGCUCUCAUACAAACCGUAACUGCGAUCCUUGGACUCUCAUCAAAGGGGGCGGGAGGAAGGCGGGUUCUCGUUGCUUCGGCUAUUCUCGACGACAUAGCUGUGGCACCAUUACUCAUUGGGCUGACGGAAAUUUUGAUCAGAGUGAAUUCAUCUCUGCCGUCUGGCAUUCCAUUCCUGGCUCUCGCGACGCUUCAAGUUCUCACAAUCCUUGCCGCCACCUUGAUCACGAUUGGCGACAAGGUAUUACUGAGCCAACAGCCUGGCGCCAGUGGGGAGGCUUUAGCUGGCCUUGGAGCUGUUCUGUUCGUCAUCAUAUUCGCUGCGAUAUUCGGGCUCAGCCUUCUCUCUCACAGGAAGACCAACGGGCCGUCUUCUGCAAACGCUAGAGGCAUCUCACUGAGCUUGCUCGUGGUGAGCUCAAUGGCUGUACUGAGGCUUGCAUGGAUGCUGGCCACUAUUUUCUCCAGCCAGGAACGCCCUCUCGACCGAGCCUCUCCCGACCUGGCCAAUGUCCUCCUUCAUUUCGCUAUGGCCACUUUCCCAGAGGGUGUGAUUGCGGGCUAUGUUUUGGGUGCCGGCUUCAAGAGCACGAAUGUCAAGAAAGACUACACCGCCUUGGAGGCGGAGGCGGCGGGGACACAGCACGACGAGAUCCCCCAGUUGCCUGCGCUGUAUGACCAGCCAAGCUUGACGAUGGACACCAAGUACGAAGGCAACACAGAGCUCAGCUCUCCGAUAAUCUAG